UGCAGUAUACAGUCAGAGGGGCUACGCAACGGUCUCACACCCUCAAAAACGGACCAAAACAGACGCUUUACAUUAGAUUUUAGGGACUCGGUUGUUAUUUCUAACAACAUUUAUUGCAGCAAGCUUCCCAACAUCGAGGAGACUGAAACACCAGGAAAAAUAAACCAGACUAAACCGAAACUAGUAACACUAGUUUCGCAGUCAGACACCAACUACUAACGACUCAAGAUCAGUCCAAUGGCAACGUCAUGUGUGACCAAGGUGGAGCUGACAGUCUCCUGUGAAAACCUGCUGGACAUGGAUGUGGGGUCCAAAUCUGACCCGCUGUGUGUCCUGCUCAUGAACACAUCAGGAAACCAGUGGUUUGAGGUCGAUCGCACUGAGAGGGUUAAGAACUGCUUAAGCCCAAAAUUUGCCAAGAAGUUUGUUGUCGAUUACUACUUUGAGGUUGUUCAGAAACUCAGAUUCGGCCUUUACGAUAUUGACAAUAAAACCGUCGAUUUGAGCGAUGACGACUUCCUGGGCGAGUUCGAGUGCUCGUUGGGUCAGAUUGUUUCCAGUAGUAAACUGACGAGACCUUUGGUGCUGAAGAACAAGAAACCUGCAGGAAAGGGAACGAUUACGAUCAGUGCAGAGGAAAUCAAGGACAACAGAGUUGUGAAUUUUGAGAUGGAGGCCAGAAAACUGGACAAUAAGGAUUUCUUUGGAAAAUCAGACCCCUACCUGGAAUUUUACAGGCAGACGGAAACAGGCUGGCAGCUUGCUCACAGAACUGAGGUGGUGAAGAAUAAUUUGAAUCCUUGCUGGAGGCCUUUUAAAAUCCCUCUACGGUCUCUCUGUGCUGGAGACAUGGAGAAACCAAUCAAGGUUGAAUGUUACGAUUAUGACAGCGAUGGAUCUCAUGAUUUGAUAGGAAUUUUUGAGACCAAUAUGAAGCGUCUGCAGGAGGCGUCCCGGAGCUCCCCGGCUGAGUUUGAGUGCAUAAACAGCAAAAAGAAACAGAAGAAGAAAAAUUAUAAGAACUCUGGAGUCGUGAGUGUGAAAGUUUGUCAGAUUACCAGGGAAUACACCUUUCUGGACUACAUCAUGGGAGGCUGCCAGAUAAAUUUCACUGUGGGCAUAGAUUUCACAGGGUCAAAUGGUGACCCCAGGUCACCUGAUUCUUUGCAUUUCAUCAGUCCUCAAGGUGUGAAUGAAUAUCUCUCAGCAAUCUGGUCAGUUGGCCUCGUGGUCCAGGACUAUGACAGUGACAAAAUGUUUCCUGCGUUUGGAUUUGGCGCCCAGAUUCCGCCUUCAUGGCAGGUGUCUCAUGAGUUUCCUCUCAACUUCAAUCCCGCAAAUCCAUUCUGUGCUGGUGUGGAGGGUGUGGUGGAGGCCUACAGGAUGUGCCUUCCUCAGGUUAAACUUUAUGGGCCUACGAACUUCGCACCCAUUAUUAACCACAUGGCUCGUUUCGCACAGCAGGCUUUACAGCAGAACACUGCUUCGCAAUACUUUGUCCUGCUGAUCAUCACAGAUGGAGUGAUCACUGAUAUGGACCAGACACGUGGAGCAAUAGUCGCCGCCUCCCGCUUGCCCAUGUCAAUCAUCAUUGUGGGCGUAGGCAAAGCCGACUUCACAGAUAUGGAGAUUCUGGACGGAGAUGACGGGCGCCUGAAGUCUAUCACGGGAGAACCGGCCGUACGCGACAUUGUGCAGUUUGUGCCCUUCAGAAAGUUCCAGAAUGCUCCUAAAGAGGAGCUGGCUAAGUGUGUUCUGGCGGAGGUUCCUGCUCAGGUCGUCACCUUCUUUAACAUGAUGAAGCUCCUUCCUCCGAAGUCAAACGCUCCAGUGGAUGCUCCGAAUGGACCGACACAGAACUGAAGGACCUGUUAACUUCCUUCAUACCGCAUACAACUCCACAACUGGACAUCAUCAACCUGCUAAUCUAACGUUAGGCCUUCUUAAAGAGAUAUACCACUAGAUACAUGUGGUUUGUGCUGGUUUAAAUUUCAGUUAUUCAUUUGGUUACUUUUUAAAAAUCAUUAUAUAUUUAUUAACGUUUUCUUCUGCCAAAUGAUCUUGCAAUGGUCUAUUAUAGAGCAUCCUACUCUUAAAUGAUCAGUUAUUGAAAAAUAAAUUAGGGUGGGAAUUCAAGAUUAAAGUUAACCUUGUUAGUGUUGUAGAUGAGAUGACCGAAUGGUAUUUUUUUUUUUAUCUCCAGUGUCAUUCCCACUAACUCCUUACAAAAUUGUUUACAGUCAGCGCUAUUUCAUUCAUUUUUCAUGUCAUUAUCAUUCUUGCCAUCUUAUAUUUUUAUGUCUAUAUAUGUUUUUUUUAAAUGAGUGCCUCACAAAGCCAUUUCUUCAUAUAUCUAAUGCAUUAUUUCAAAUUGAUCACAUUAAUGUGCCUGAUAAUGUGCAGUUCCUAUCCACCUUAUUGUUUAACGCGGAAGUAAGCCUAUGGGUGAGACUUCCGGUUAAUUAGCCGCUUUAGGGAAAUAACGAGAAAAAUAACAAAGUGCAGUAAAUGGAACCAGUGUGUUCAUAAUUAAGAUAAUACAUUAUAAUAAGGUAAGACACACCAAUUUACAUUAUCAAGCAGCAAAACGAGCUAAAAAUAGCUGGACGCAGAUGGCACCGGAAGCCAGUCCCAUAAAAAUUACAAAUGGCUGCGCCCUCUCUUACGGCAAGAAUAAGGUGGAUAAAAAUUUUUGCAUAUAUGUUUGAUUUAAUUCUAUGGAAAUCAUGUGGCAGCUUUUUACAUUGCCAAGUUUUAUUUCUGAUCAUAAUGCACAUAAAGCUAAAGCAGGCAUCCUCAAAUCUGGCCCACUCCUGCAGAGUUUAGCUCUAACCCUAAUCAAACACACCUGAGCAUGCUCAGAGUCUUCAAGAUCAUUAGAAAAUCACAGGUAGGUGAGUUUGAUCAGGGUUGGAGCUAAACUCUGCAGCAGAUUGGCCCUCCAGAGAAAGAUUUGAGGAACCCUGAGCUAAAAGCACAGAGGAAUGGUGCUCAGAUCUCAGUCUGUACAGAUGUAAGCCAUUGAUACUGACGUCUGGAUGGGUCAGUCAGUCAUCCUGUUAUGUGCCUGAAUGCACUAUGCAUAAAUGCAGUAGUAAUAAUAAUAAUAUGCAAAGGUAAUCAGCUUUUUGCAUCAGUAUUAACUGUUUAAGAUGCAAAUUAAGUUUAGUUUGUUUUACAUUUAAUCAAAAUGUCUGUAACAGCAUGUCGUGCUUAAUUAGUGCUGGGAGGAAUAUAUUAAAUCAUCUUAAAUGUAACUUAAAUUGAACUAUUUUUGUUUUAUCAGAUGUACACUAUCAUUAUAAUGUAAUGUGUCAGCUCAGCAGUUGUUGAUAUGUCUUGCAUCUGUGUGCCUGUAGCAUGCCUUGUUUCACAUACAUUAAAUAAAAUGCCAAAAAGUGGAUUGUUUAUUUUUUUGCAGUAUUAUUAAGAUGCAAUAAAUAAAGAUGACAAUGAAAUUGUA